CCUAGUAAUGUCAACAUGUCUCUUGAAAUCGAAGACGUAAAAUAGAAUGUUUGUUUGAUCUACAAGUGUAGCUAAGACGCUAUUUUCAGAAAAUUUCAGGACAUGACGGAUAAUGCUAUAAAAAAAUCGGCUGAUCAAAUUCUUGAAGAAAUCUUUUCUACACUGGUGAGUGACCCAGUCAGAAAAACUGAAAUUUCAAGUGAUUCUCCCAUUUUGCCUAGUAAUGAAUCUCCUCCGUCUAAAGCAGCUACAAUUACAACUGAGCUGAAUCCAGAAAUAAGUGAAAACUUGACAAUCCCAGAUAAGAAGAAAAAAAAGAAGAAAGAGAAGAAGAAAACAAAAAAGAAAAAGCGAAAAAAGGAUGAUGAAAAUGAUAAAGACAACAGAAAGCAUGGCAAAGAAAAGAAGAAAAAGAAAGAUGUUCUAAUUUCAUCUAAAAAAUCGACUAAGGAAUCAAAGCACAAUCCUGAUUGCGAAGCCAAAAUUAGUGGAUCAGUGAUCAAAAAGGAAGCCAAGAAAGAUGAUAUCAGUUUAGGGACGAGUCCAAAAGUUAAAGAGGAAACCAAGAAACACGACAAAAUCGUUUCUAAAACUCAGCCCAAUGAGUCGUCUCAAAAAGACUAUAAACUGGAAUUAAAACCGAACACCACAGAAGGAACGAAAAAGGAAGACAAAAUUGAACCGAAAAUAAAAAAAGAAGACAGGGUUGAAUCGAAGGUAAAAAAAGAUGACAAAACCGAGUCGAAGCUCCGUGCCAAAGAUGAACCCAAAAAAAUUAGUAGAACGGAUAUUAAAGUAGAUGGAAAUGUCAAGCACCAGUCAGAUACCAAGGCCCAUGGCGAUGGUCGGCGAAAGAGGAAUGAAUCAAGGAGAAGUCAUCCAUCGCCCAAGAGACGAAGAAGUAGAAGUAGAAGUAGAUCUCGAUCUCGAUCUCCAAUUACCCGACGGCCAACAUUGCGUCGCUCCCGAUCUCGGUCUCCUCAGCGCCGGGCGCGAGUUCGGCCAAGGUCACGAUCUCCUGCUAGAUCUCUUUCCCAUCAUCGUAAACGUUCCAGAUCACCAGCCGUCCAGAAACGUCCACCAACCCCACCAAAAUCGCCACGGAUCGAUAAAGCCCAACUUCUUGAGUUUGCUCGGCAGAACUUGAAGCGAAUGCAGGAAACGGGAUCAUUGCCAGCUGGCGUGGCUGUACCAAAUCAGCCAACUGAAGUGACUCUGGCAUCUACACAAUUUACGGGAAAAACUGUGGCCGAACUGACUGAUUAUUGCAAACACCUCAUGGCUGACCGGUCGGGUGAAGACGAUGAAAAAUCGGGGAAGAAAGAGUCCGAGUCAACAUUCACUCGCCAUCCGUUCCAAAUCAAACCGCGUUCGGAUACCAUCGUCAUGAAUAUCCGCAAUGCAGUAGCGUUGCCCGUCCGCAAGCCGGAAGAGCGUGUAGUGGCUCAGGCACAGUUGAAACAGCAAUUCCCCGUUUCAAGUGGCCAGCAACACUUGGAACUGGAAUGGGUCCCAGUCACACCGUCACCCGUUGCGAAAGAAUUAAAUAAUAGCAGCGGUCCCAAACAGGCCCCGAAAGCGAUCACAGCGUCUGUAGCGCCCACCCCAAGGAUCCCACUCCCAGUUGCUGAACCUCCUUCAGCUGACAUAGGGUCUAUCGUUGCCCAACGUAUUUCUUCCAUACGCAAACUACAAGAAAAUCAGUUCGAUGUUCAAGCCCGUCUGGAACUUGAGGAAGCGGAAUCAAUGACGCAAAAUUGGGCCACGUUUCAUCAUACAAAUCCAAUGACGGGGGAACCCAUUCCGGAGUUGAUCAACUGGUCUGGAGCACCCCAGGCUUGGGUGAGGAAAGACCAGUUCAGCAGUGCUGCGCCAGUGGCCGGCGGAGUGGGCAUGAAGUUGCUGCAGAAAAUGGGUUGGCAGCCGGGCGAAGGGCUCGGCCGCAACAAAGAAGGCACAUUAGAACCUUUGUCGCUGGACAUCAAGAUGGACAAAAAGGGUCUCUUGUGCAAAGAGGAAAUGAUGGGACCCAUUCGAGCCACGCCGGCUGUCAAACUUAUCCAAGAGUUUCAAGGGAAACACCCCGUCUCAAUCCUGCACGAGCUUUGCACGAAACAGCACUGGGAGCCACCGGUAUUUGAGCAAAUACUCGACAUUGGGCCUGACCAUCUCAAACAUUUCCUCUUCAAAGUCACAGUGAACGGUAUCGAAUACCAGGCCUGUUUGGCCAGCACUACCAAAAAAGAGGCCAAGGCCCAGUCAGCAGCAGCCUGCCUCCAGGCGCUUGGCGUCUUCGCACCACCUGGGCCUUGAUGGUCUGUCUUAUAACGACGAAUUACUUAUUUCUUUCAUUCGAUAUGGUGCAAUAAUAAACCUAUGGUCCAGGUGACCAAGUACAACAUUA